AGGGGACCCAACGCGGGGAAACAGGGAAGGGCCGCCGCGGGGGCAGCCCUCGGGCUCCGGACGCGGGCGCAGGGGCUGGAGAGGGGAGACCCCUGGGGGCGCCCGGCACCCCGCCACCAUGUGCGAACUGUACAGCAAGCAAGAGACGCUGGCGCUGAGGAGAAGGCACAUCGGGCCUUCAUGCAAAGUUUUCUUUGCUGCGGAUCCCAUCAAAAUAGUGCGAGCCCAGCGGCAGUACAUGUUUGACGAGAAAGGUGACCAGUACUUGGAUUGCAUCAACAACGUUGCCCAUGUGGGACACUGCCACCCAGAAGUGGUCAAAGCUGCCCAGAAACAGAUGGAACUACUAAAUACAAAUUCUCGAUUCCUCCACGACAACAUUGUUGAAUAUGCCAAGCGCCUCUCAGCAACCCUGCCGGACAGACUGUCUGUUUGCUAUUUUACUAAUUCAGGGUCGGAAGCCAAUGACUUAGCCUUACGCCUGGCUCGGCAGUUCAGAGGCCACCAAGAUGUGAUCACUCUUGACCAUGCUUACCACGGUCACCUAUCAUCUUUAAUUGAGAUCAGUCCAUAUAAAUUUCAAAAGGGCAAAGAUGUCAAGAAAGAAUUUGUGCAUGUGGCACCAGCUCCAGAUACUUAUAGAGGAAAAUACAGAGAAGACCAUGAAGACCCAGCCAGUGCUUAUGCAGAUGAAGUGAAGAAAAUUAUUGACGAAGCUCAUAACAGUGGAAGGAAGAUUGCUGCCUUUAUUGCUGAAUCCAUGCAGAGUUGUGGCGGACAAAUAAUUCCUCCAGCAGGCUACUUCCAGAAAGUGGCAGAAUAUGUCCGUGGAGCAGGAGGUGUGUUUAUAGCUGAUGAAGUUCAAGUAGGCUUUGGCCGAAUUGGGAAACAUUUCUGGAGUUUCCAAAUGUUUGGUGAAGACUUCGUUCCAGACAUAGUCACAAUGGGGAAACCAAUGGGCAAUGGGCACCCAAUGGCAUGCGUGGUAACAACCGAAGAAAUUGCAGAAGCCUUCAGUGCCUCUGGGAUGGAGUAUUUCAACACGUAUGGAGGAAAUCCAGUAUCUUCUGCUGUUGGUUUGGCCGUCCUGGAUGUAAUAAAAAAUGAAGACCUUCAAGGAAAUGCCACAAGAGUAGGGAAUUAUCUUACUGAGUUACUGAAUAAGCAGAAGACUAAACAUACUUUGAUAGGAGAUAUCAGGGGCGUUGGCCUUUUUAUUGGGAUUGACUUAGUGAAGGACCAUCAGCAAAGGACCCCCGCCACAGCAGAAGCUCAGCACGUCAUCUACAAGAUGAAAGAAAAGCGAGUGCUUCUCAGUGCCGACGGACCUCAUAGAAACGUGCUUAAGAUAAAACCUCCUAUGUGCUUCACUGAGGAAGACGCCGAGUUUAUGGCAGAACAGCUUGAUGGUAUUCUAACAGAUUUAGAAGAAGCCAUUGGAGCUGAAACUGAGAGUGUGAUCUCUAAGAAUACUCCUUGCAGAACCAAGAUGCCCAAGGAAGCACGGUCAGAAUUGCUCAGAGACAGCAGCCUGGACCCCAGAGAAAAUCCCAGCCGAAAGAGAAAUGGAUUGUGCACAGAUUCACUGCUCAGCAAGAGGUUCAGGACGUGAGAGAUGAGCAUUUUACAAGAUAACUGUCCGGAGUUAUAGAGAAUGAAUGCAGGUGUCCUUUCUGUUAAAGCUCUGUUGGACCCUCUGAAAGAAGUGUUCGCAUUUACUCAGAGGUAUAAAUAAAGUCGAUGAGUCAUAAGAUUAAUCCAAAUGAUAAUCAAACUGUGUCAAGACUAUUAGUUCAGCAUUUAGCCUAUUAAUUCCUUGAGAUUUCUGCAAGUACUUUGUUUAUUCUACU